CAAAUUUAUUCCAUUUUCCUGAUGAUUGUAUCAUUGUCAUUACUUCCAUGCCAGUAAAUCUGCAGCACUGAAUUUGAAAUGAACUGAGCAGAAAUCAACUGAACUGAACUGAAUUGAAAGAGCGAGGGGCAGACACAGAAAGAGGGGAAGGAGAUGGCAGAAAUGCACAUGGGGGGAGGGAAGGGAGAAGGAAAAGAGAGAAACUCACUCGCAGAGGAGGAGAAAGAGAGAAGUGACAUCACAUCUUCCAGCCUCUCUGGCACCUUUGCUCCACUUCUCGCUGAGGAGGCGCACACAGUUUUCGCUGUCCUCCUUCGUCGCGCAUACAUUGGUGCCGGAGGACCACACGGAAAAAGGAAAAUCAAAACAAUUUUUGACAGGAUGAACAACAGUUUCCCGAACAUGGCGUCGAUAGGCGACUUCGACCCGCUCAACCCGUCCAUUCCUGCCACCAAAGUUGAAAUCACAGUGUCCUGCAGAAACCUGCUGGACCGGGACACCUUCUCCAAAUCAGACCCAAUUUGUGUUCUCUACCUACAAGGCAUGGGCAACAAGGAGUGGAGAGAGUUUGGGAGAACAGAGGUGAUUGACAACACGCUAAAUCCAGACUUUGUGCGGAAAUUCAUUUUGGACUACUUCUUUGAAGAGCGACAGAACCUCCGAUUUGACUUGUAUGAUGUUGACUCGAAGAGUGCCAACCUGUCAAAACAUGAUUUUCUGGGCCAGGCUUACUGUACUCUCGGAGAGGUGGUUGGAUCAUUGGGCAGUCGCUCGGAAAAAGCUCUCACAGGCAUUCCAGGGAAGAAAUGCGGAACCAUUAUUGUGAAAGCCGAGGAGCUGAACAACUGCAGGGAAUCAGUGAUGAUGCAGUUCUGUGGGAACAAGUUGGACAAAAAGGAUUUCUUCGGCAAGUCCGACCCCUUCCUGGUCUUCUACAGGAGCAACGAGGACGGCACGUUUACCAUCUGCCACAAGACCGAGGUGGUGAAGAAUACAUUAAACCCAGUGUGGCAGGCCUUUAAGAUCCCUGUGCGGGCUCUUUGCAAUGGUGAUUAUGACAGAACAAUCAAGGUGGAGGUGUACGACUGGGACAGAGAUGGCAGUCAUGACUUUAUCGGAGAGUUCAGCACCAGCUACAGAGAACUAUCCAGAGGGCAGAGCCAGUUCAAUGUCUAUGAGGUGGUAAAUCCAAAGAAGAAAGGAAAGAAGAAAAAAUACCUCAACUCUGGAACGGUAACACUGCUGUCAUUCCUGGUGGACAUUGAAGUCACCUUCCUAGACUACAUCAAAGGAGGGACACAGAUUAACUUCACCGUGGCCAUUGAUUUCACAGCUUCCAAUGGUAACCCAGCCCAGCCCACCUCACUCCACUACAUGAGUCCCUACCAGCUGAAUGCCUACGCAAUGGCCCUGAAGGCAGUAGGAGAAAUCAUCCAGGACUACGACAGCGAUAAGAUGUUUCCCGCAUUGGGAUUUGGGGCGAAGCUGCCACCUGACGGACGGGUCUCCCACGAAUUUGCCUUGAAUGGGAACCCUCAGAACCCAUACUGUACAGGUAUUGAUGGUGUGAUGGAAGCCUACUACCAGAGUCUGAAGUCAGUUGAGCUCUACGGACCCACCAACUUCUCCCCUGUCAUCAACCAUGUGGCCAGGUAUGCAGCUUCAGUGAAGGAUGGCUCCCAGUACUUUGUGCUCCUCAUCAUCACAGAUGGCGUCAUCUCAGACAUGGCCCAGACCAAGGAGUCUAUUGUCAACGCCUCCUGUCUGCCAAUGUCAAUCAUCAUCGUGGGGGUGGGGCCAGCAGAAUUUGAUGCCAUGGUUGAGUUGGACGGUGAUGAAGUCAGAAUCUCAUCCAGAGGAAGAUAUGCUGAGAGGGACAUUGUUCAGUUUGUCCCAUUCAGGGACUAUAUAGACCGGACGGGGAACCACAUCCUUAGCAUGGCCCGGCUCGCCAAAGACGUCUUGGCCGAGAUCCCCGACCAGUUCCUCUCCUACAUGAGAACCCGCGGGAUCAAGCCGUCGCCAGCCCCGCCUCCCUACACGCCGCCAGGGCAGCCCAUCCAAACCCAGAUAUGAGGAGCCAGGAGGAGGAAGGUUUCUGAGUCAGGGGUUAGCUGAACUUCACGUGCAAAAUACUUCCAUUUCCCUAAAGCUGCUCUCCAUGCCUUGUUCUUGUGUUCAGGGAGCUGCAUGUCAGACCAGGAGAGUGUUACUUUUGCGGACAGGAAAAGCCAAUGAGAGUCUGUUUACUUCCACUGUCAAGCAUUCCUGUUACUGUCUGGAACCUGGACAGGCUUUAGAGAGAAUUUGGAGAGUCUGAAUUCAAGCUGGGAAAUAAAGAAGAAAGGAAAGAAAGAGGAAAUGAAGGACACCUCUUUGGAAAUAUUGUAAAGAGAAUGUCUCCAGACAAACUUAAGGAAUCACUUGAUCUUAAAUGAACUUUUUCUGUAAAUAACUGGACAUAUGGAAUUUCUUCUUUCUCUGUCUCUUUCUCUCUAUCUCUUUCCAACUCACUCAUUGUUUACAGUAAACGGUAACAAGGAUUUUUACUGUUCAUACUUUUUAUAUACACAAAGUUUCAAUAUGAAGCUUGUAAUAUUCUCUCUCUCUCUCUUUCUCUCUCUCUCUUUCUCUCUCUCCCUCACUCUCACGUGUGUGUCAGGUAGCAGCAGUGCAGGUCCUGGUAGCCCUUCUGUACCGUACCGUGCUGUACCGUACUGUAUUCUAGUGUCCGUAUUAACCUUUUGCAUGAGUGUAGCCUCAGUCAAGUGCAUGCAUAUAGUGGCCCUGCACUACCUCUUCUACCCAUCCGUUUGUCUGCCUGUCUGUCGGGAGUGAGUGUCUGUCUGCCUGUAUCUCCAUUUGUCCCUUCACCCUGUCUGUCUGUCUGUCUGCCUGCACUGCUGUCAGGCCUGAGAAAUCUGUCUCCCUGUUACAGCUUUUCUUUCAGUCUCUCUCUCUCACUUUCUUUUCUUUAAUGCCUCUGUCACUUUACUAGCUGUGUUUCCAUCCAACUUUUCUUUUGCAGGUUAAAAUAGACGAGCUGAACAGAAAAUGCAUAAUUUGGCUUUGUUCAUCAGAAGACGAAUGUGAUGAAUAGCGAAGGAAUUUCCUUUGGUUCACUUGACACAUUCGGCUUUAAAUGGUUCAUAUUCACUGCAUACCGCUUCCAAAUUAAUAUUUGAAAUUUUAAAGAUCUGUUCCACCAUUUUUCUACUUUUCAUCUGCGCCAUCAUCAGGUCAAAAUGUAAAACAUUUCCAAUACUUUGUUUUUUGACCAAAUAUCUUCAUAACAUUCCCAUCAGCCUCAGCUGUACUUUGUGUUUAGUGCUAAUUAGCAAAUGUUAGCAUGCUAAUGCACUAAACUAAGAGGUUGAACAUUAUACCUGGCAAACAUCAUAAUGUUAGCAUUUUUAUUAUGCAUGCUAGCAUGUCAGCAUGCUGACAAUAGAUGCAGCUGUUCAACCUGACAGAGCAUCAUGGCUGUAGACUCUCAAAGAAAUAUGGCCAACUUUAGCAAACAUUUAAGAACAAAUGUAUUCCUUUUUGACAUUUCAAAUGCUUGUUUGCUUAACCCAAGAAGAUGAAAACUCAAAUUGUGCAAUUUCUGUUCUCCAGCCUUUUAUAUUUUUACGUAGCAUUUCAUUGACUUCUGAAUGAAAGCAUAGCUACUCUCUCUCUCUCUCUCUCUCUCUCUCUCUCUCUCUCUCUCGCUUACUCUGUUCUCUUCCAAACUGCCUUGGCAAUAGGAAUGCCCACGUGCCCAGGGGUUUCGUCUCAUUGUGUCGUCUAACACCACGUCCCUAUCCCAUGUUCAAAACGACAGCAGCUGCUCUCAAACUAAAUACUGUUUGAGCAUAAAGAGCCCAGUGGUCAAAAAUGCAGAGAAAAACACACUUUCCCUAUGUUGGCUUUUUGUUCCAUUUUAAUUUUUUGGUGUGUAAUUUUUAUUGCACCUUUAGCUUUGAAAUAGCUUUUUAUAUGUUUGUUUAACGGUGUAUAUUUAUCUGUGCCAAUCAUAUGUAAAAGGAUGAUUUGUACAAUUCCUGUCAGUCACUGACGACAUCCAACAAGUCUCUGAUUUAUUACCGAAUGAUCGUCUCUAGGUGACGUCUAAUGAAGAAUGAGAGUUGUGUUUUUGUCAUGAAUGUGGAAGGAUUGUUCAGUGUUGUAAUGAAAGUUUGUUUCAAUGAUGAGUGAAAAUGUGAAUGAGAUUAUAUUAAAUUACAUGUUUAAAAAGUCUUACAAAGAGUUAGAAUGCAGGGACAUUUUAACAUUUAUUGGAUAGUGAGUGAGUCACAUUGCAGAAAUGUAAAAGGAUAUUUAAGCAUUGCAGUGAUCUUAAAACUUACAAAUGUGAUUAUUUGUAACUGACUUUUUUUGUACACAAUUUGUUUUGAAUAUUCGACAUUGCUGCCUUUUCUAGUUGCUUGA